AUGCUGGUGACCUAUUUGGAAGCCAGCCGGGACCUUUGCGAGACGGACUCAAUUCUUUUUGGCGCCGCGCUGGCAGUCUGCCGUAUCAUAGGCGCCAAGGUUUCCACGGCUGGACGCGCUACUGGCCAUAGUAGCGCUAUCCCAGCAUGGAGAAGAAGAAUUGAGGAACGUAUCGCAAAGGCUAGAGCUCUCAUCGGCAGACUGAUAUGCUUCAGAUCAGGCAACAACAGGCCAAGAAUUGUGCGCACAGUCAGGAUGGCGUUUGCUGGGACAAAUGUUAGUUUGUCCCAGCCGGAUAUAACGCAAAAACUGACGGAGCGCAUAGAUGAUCUGAAGCAGAGAAUCGCUGCUUGGGGAAAACGGAUUCGGCGAUAUACCGAGAGGUCGACACGGUUCAACCAGAAUCGUCUCUUCCAGAGUGAUCAGAAGAGGCUCUAUGAAUCAUUGGAGCGACCAAUGGUAAGUGGAACGGGUCCAGCACCGAAUCAGGCCGACACUGUAGCAUUCUGGCGCGGCCUGUGGUCAGAGCCCGUAAACCACAGCGAGGGCCCUUGGACGGAAGUUGUGGCGAGUCAGUGUGCGGGUAUUACGCCCAUGGACCCCGUCAUCAUAACGCCGGAUGACGUAGCUGAGGCGGUCCGUAGGGCCCCGAACUGGAAAAGUCCGGGGCUUGACGGGCUGCAUCACUACUGGCUGAAGGGGUUCAUGGUGUGUCACUCUGUGCUUGCCCGACAGUUUCAAGAGGCUCUCAACCAGAAGUCGCUCCCAAGCCUCUUCACUACUGGGAUCACUCAUUUGGUUCCUAAAGACCAGGGGCCGCUGCCUGGGGGUCGCCGGGGCGCGUCUGGAGCUGGCGCUGGACGCGGCAGAAUGCAGGCCGCCAGCCGAGCGCGAGGAGCUGCAAGAACACCUAACAGCCCCCCGCAUCCAUCAUCCCCACCAGACGGCUUGAUGUCGGCAGGGUCCUCUCGGACUCGGCAAGCGGCAUCCGCCGCUGGUGGAGUGCGCCGCAUGCGUUGGACAAGGGAUAUGAACGCAAACGCAUUGCGGGCGUACUAUAGGGCGAAAGGGGAAGAAACAGCGGGGAUAGCGUAUCGGGCACGGAUGCAUUGCUUUUUUGCUGAGCUGGAGCCGUCUAUUCCCGUCACGGAACAAAACCUGGCAGACCGAGUUCGGUAUAUCUUGCGCUCAAAUAUAUUUGAUGUCGCCGAACUCGAACGGCUACGACGUGAGGCUGUUCCCUCGUCGGAUGAGAAUGCUACGGCUGAGGAUGCGGCGCCACAAAUGGUAGAGCAACCCGCAAACGUGGAUGCCGCCGUGAAUACCCCAGUUGUGGUUGAUUCAAACGAUGAUGGAACAGUCGCCCAGGAACUGGAAUUAGAGCAUAUGAGGAGUACAUUGGAAGAGGCGAUUGUGGAAACGCGCAGUACGCCUCUCGAAAAUCGACCGCGACUUCCCCGCAUAGCCCUAAGCAAGCGGAAUCGGGCUGUCGUGAGGGCUCUGAACCCAAUGCUGGUGACCUAUUUGGAAGCCAGCCGGGACCUUUGCGAGACGGACUCAAUUCUUUUUGGCGCCGCGCUGGCAGUCUGCCGUAUCAUAGGCGCCAAGGUUUCCACGGCUGGACGCGCUACUGGCCAUAGUAGCGCUAUCCCAGCAUGGAGAAGAAGAAUUGAGGAACGUAUCGCAAAGGCUAGAGCUCUCAUCGGCAGACUGAUAUGCUUCAGAUCAGGCAACAACAGGCCAAGAAUUGUGCGCACCGUCAGGAUGGCGUUUGCUGGGACAAAUGUUAGUUUGUCCCAGCCGGAUAUAACGCAAAAACUGACGGAGCGCAUAGAUGAUCUGAAGCAGAGAAUCGCUGCUUGGGGAAAACGGAUUCGGCGAUAUACCGAGAGGUCGACACGGUUCAACCAGAAUCGUCUCUUCCAGAGUGAUCAGAAGAGGCUCUAUGAAUCAUUGGAGCGACCAAUGGUAAGUGGAACGGGUCCAGCACCGAAUCAGGCCGACACUGUAGCAUUCUGGCGCGGCCUGUGGUCAGAGCCCGUAAACCACAGCGAGGGCCCUUGGACGGAAGUUGUGGCGAGUCAGUGUGCGGGUAUUACGCCCAUGGACCCCGUCAUCAUAACGCCGGAUGACGUAGCUGAGGCGGUCCGUAGGGCCCCGAACUGGAAAAGUCCGGGGCUUGACGGGCUGCAUCACUACUGGCUGAAGGGGUUCAUGGUAUAG